UAGGCAAGAACAGGUGUAAGUUACAGCUAGAGGGCAGUAUAACUUCCAGUCCCUCUUCUCCAGCCUGACUUGUCAAUGUCCCAGCAGCCUGUACAGGGAAGCAUAUUUACUGCACACGUACUGUGACCGCAGUCCUGGAAGGUGGUCGAGAACUGCUGUUAAGGGUGGCUUGCAGCAGCCUUCCAUCCCGUACUCAUCACUCCAAAACGGGAUGGGCAACUACUGGAACAAAGGAGUGUUAGGCAGUGGGCUGGGGCAAUGGAAUAGGACUUCAGGGCAAAGCCCUCACUGCCUUAGAGACUGAGAUCCUGCUGACUCAGUGUAAGAAAAGCCUCAGGAAAUAGGGGCUUUUGAGGAGGAGUCCUCUUGAAGAAGUCCAUUGUCACUCCUGGCCUCCCCACAAUCCAUCCACUGUCAAGUUGGUUAGAUGAGUUAAGCUCCAAAGCAGGGCAUGUGGUAGGAGCCGAAUCGAUGGGAAGUGGUGACCCAGAAUCCGUGUCUGACCCUGAUUUCCCGUUUCUUGCUCUGUUAGCACCAAUCAGACAUGAUCCCUGACCUGACAGCUGAGAGCACCCAGAUCAGGAUCUCCCUCUGUCUUCACACUGCGGUGAAAUUGCAAUUCAGUCCUGUUUCUUAGGCGUAAAAUAAAGACAUGGGGCUCUAUUGCUUCCAUGCCCAACUCCUCCAUUUGACCCACUGGGGAAAACGGUACCUUCGAGGCUGCCCACAGCGAGAAAGUCUGAAGGACAGUGAAAGGAGGGAAGUGGGGCUGCUUUGGGUUGAGUAUGGGGGGACGGCAAGGGUUUCUGGAGUGAGACCCAGGCAUGCAGGGCAGUGAUGUGGGGUGGGUCCAGCUACUAGAGGGAGUGUGGUUCUGAGGCAGGGCUGGGUGAAGGGCCAGCCAGGAGAACGAGUCAGCCAGACCCCAUGUCCCCUGCUGGCCUGGCAGUGAGGCAGGUUUGCACUGCGUGCAAGGGAAAUGGUCAUGGAGGAGAAACGUGCCUGGACCUCCGUCACACAUGUCCUUUUUUCUGGGUGUGUGGGGCUCAGAUGGAGUCCUGUAAUAAAGCAAGGCUCCCUCUUGUCGUGGACUCACCUGGGACCAGAUGAUCCCACCCUCAGGUGUGUUCCCUGCUGAGCAGGGCCAGGGAAAGUGCUUGUCUGAGGUUGGCAGAAAUGGUUGAAGGGCAUAUUGCUCUAUGCAGGGAACUUUCUCUGUGUGAGUGGGGGUGGUGUUCUGCUUUUAUUUUCUUUUUCCCUGUAUCCUUUGCCCCUUCGCUGCCCUCCUGCAGGGACAAAGUGAGCCCAACCACGGGCUGACUACAAAGGAGCCAAAUGUGGCCUCAAGUCCAUUACCUUCUCCUCUGUCUGCAGAGAUAGGACGUGGGUACAGGUUGAGCCUCUGGGCAGGGCGGGAGCAGCAAAGAGCAGGACAGCGAGUCCUUCAACCACCCAUCUAGGAAGGGGCAGCAGGCUGGAAAGGCUUUGAAUAGGAGCCAGGGGUGGAGGGGAGAAGGUGCAGACCCUCAGCCCCAGGAGAGGCCCCAGGGGAGGGCUGGGAACCUAGUUCUGGGGACUCAGAUAUGGAGGCGGGGAGGAAAGAAUGCCUGGACAGCACAUCCUCUCUCUCUGUGGGAGGGAGAGGUGGCCACGGGUGUCCAAGGUCUGUCGGAGGCACACACUAAGAUCCUGAGGACAGAAGUGUUGAAAGGCUAAGCAGCUAGCCAAAGCUUCUGGCUGAGUCUGGAAGGCAACUCAGGUGUUAGCCCAUUUAAAGGGAUUUACCAGGGCACCAGCUCCUGAAUCUCCCACCAUUUCUGGGCCUCACAUUCAACAGGGAAGACAGGUACACUGAUAAAGUCACAAUUUUCACAAUAAGGAACCAGAAUCUCAUACGUAUCAUGUACAACCCUUCUCGGAUUGUAAAGAGAAAGAAACAGCAUGAUGUAGUGGAAGGAUAUGGCUCACCGGGUCCACCCUUGUUCCCUGGGGAAUAAUACUUCAUCUCUAAGUGUACUUGGGCUUCAAGCACACUUGAAGAUGAGGUCAAUUAUUUCUAAGCUAUGUGGUUGUUCAGAGAAGUCAAAGAAAUCAAGAAUGUCUGCCACCAAGUAGGGUCUUACUGACCAUUAUCAUAUGUGAAUUUAUUAAGUCCUAAUAACUACAGCUGAUAUACCUCUGACAGCCCUUGAUUUCACCUGUGAGGUCCCAGAUCCCAGAGAAAUGAGUAACUUGUUUAAGGUCACGUAGCAGGUAGGUAGCACCCUUGGGCCUCCAUCCCAGAUGUACAGGGAGUACCCUCCUGGCGAAGAUUAUGUGAGGGAUCGUACCUGGGAAUAGCAUGUGUCUGGCUCUGGGAAUAAGUCCACUCAGAUAAGUGGGCCCCACACUCACUCUGUCCCCAAGACAGGGGAAUCUUCCGUUGCCAUCGCCUGUCUUCUCUGUGGUGACCACCAACCACAGGUCAUCCCGCAACUUGGUACUAGGGGCUUUUCACCAUUCCCUCGUGUCUCAGGUUAACCACACCAAUGAUGCAUUCACUUUUUCAUCAGAUAAUCUUGCCUAUCUGAUAAUUGCAAGGCAUCCCAGUGUGAGGAGAAAGCAGCAAACACAACACAGGGAAAUCUUGCAUUCAGGGCGCUUUCGUUCUUAGAGGGGAAAGAGGCAAGAAAACAUAAAUGAGGAAAGUCUUAGAAUGACAAAGCAGCUUGAGCAUGCCGGAGAAAACGGGAAAGGGACGUGGCAAGUGUGGUAAGGGAGUUUUGCACGUAUGGACAAAUAUUUCCUAUUUACAUGGGUGUAUAUUGGAAAGCCUCGGUGAUAAAGUGACACUUAGUAGAUGAAGGAGGGAGGCACAAAUGUGUGGCACCAUCUGGAGGAAGUGAGGCAAAGGCAGGGGACUGAUGGGAAAGCUCAUUUCCAGCCCUCCCUGCUCCCUUCCCCGCUCUGUCCCCUUUCUAGUGACUAAUCCAAAUAUGUCUUCCUCUCUGCCCAUAAUCCCCAGUGUACGUCUCCCCACUGGAAUCAUUUCCGGUCUUUGUCUCCCUUGAACAAAUUAGUGAAUAAAGCUGAAGGGAAACUGAUCAUCUUCACCUCUGCAUCCCCCUUUCUUGUGCUGCCCCAUCCAACUCUCAGAAGGGUGUUAACGCUGGGCGGUCAGACCACAUCUGGAGUAUCCUGGUGGCAGUGACGACUCACUUUGGGAGGGAGGGAGUACCGCUGGAGGUCAUGCUGAGGCCAGUGUCUGGAUGGUUCUGGUACCUGAAAGGGACUGAGCCACUCCCUCGCAAGGCUCAGGACCCCCCCAGAUUUGCUACAUGUGAAAGGCUGUCCUGGAACGUGGGCUUAGACAUGCUCCGUGUAGGCCAACGAAUAGAACGACAAGCGAAGUGAAGAGGUACUAGGGAGAGAGAUUCUACACCAACGUUAAUCAGUUCCUUAUGUUAGAUCUACUAAAGUGAAGUGAGCUGUCUGGGUGGGCUGAGUUCCAAGUAUCUGGAGAAAUGCAAAUGCAGACAGGAUGUACCGUCUCCUGGGAACGUUGUAGAGAGGAUUCAGGUGGCUCGAUCUGAAAUUUAUGAUUCUGGGAUCUAGUGCGAUGCCUGACGGCAGGUGACGGGAAUAAAUAAAGCUGAACCUCCCACUGGGAAUGUCUCAGAAAUGGGUCUCAGGCUGUUGCUGUUGCUUCUGCUGGGCAUUUUCACAGUGGUCUUCAUGGAUGAAGGUAAAACCUGUGAAGGAGGCAGUGAUGGGUGGUGAGAGGCUAUAUGGGGAGGAAAUGGAGGUGGUUUCUAAAGUUGGCUUUUUGGGAUACUGUAAAAUGGCUCAAGGAGAAUUUUUCUUCUUCUUUUCACAGAUAUCCGUGGCCCCAAAUCAAAAUGGCUUCGAUUUUGCCAUGAUUGUGAUUUCUAUGAUGGAUUCAAAUGCCGUGGUCCCAAGAAACGUUGCUGGAAGUUUAAUUUAUCCCUCAAAUCCAAUAAGAGUUGCACCACAGAUCACUAUUACUACAAUGAUCCAAUUACAGGGAGAUAUCUGUACCGAUAUACAAAACUGUCUUGUAAUCCUUGUGAAGAGGGAAUGUUCCAAGCAUACCAUGACUUACCGAGAGAAACAUUUUGCUGCACUGAUAAACAUAUGUGUAAUACUGGACAUGAUAUUUUGGAAAAGUCAGCGCUUUUUGGAGAAGAUAAAGAACACACUAUCCAUGAUGAUGUCCUACCAUAACCUUAAACUAUCCUCCCAGUAAUUUUUGCCCUUCCCCUACACAAUGGCAACAUCAUCUCACAUUAUCUCAAACCCAGACCCUACUCUCUACUCUUUUCCAGCAGAACUACCCAUGGAAGCUCUGUAUGUCCUGUGUCAGUGUUUUUCCAUUAAGAGGAAAAUAAGAACACCCAUGUCUGCCUUCUGGUUGGAUUCCCCUGUCUUUACCUCCUGAUAGCGUCUGGCAAUCUGUAACUAUCCUUAAGUUCUGAUGCUAAGCCUGGGGUCAAAUCUUUGGCAAAGGGAACAAAGUAUUUUUCUGGUAGAGCUUCUGAGCAAAGAUCAAGAGAAAGCAGGCUGGAGAGAAAUAGGGACACGAAAUUGCAAGAGAUUUUAGGAGAAAUCUUUGGGUUUGUUGGAGGGCAGGAAAGGCUUGUGUUAAGUAGGGGCUUGAGAAAGUAAAUGUGAAGAUAGAAAACUCUAACUGCCGUGAACUAGACAAACAGUCUUUGUGCCUCUGCCACCAUUUGGGGGAAACUGUACCAACCACAGCUCCUCCUGACCACACAGACCAAAGUUACCAUGUUUCUAAUGAUCUUCUCUUGCUUUCAUGGCCAAAGCCAAGGACAUCAGGGUAAGCACUUGGCCUGGUAUUGGCCAGCUACUCUGUUUCCUGGCAUGUGAGGAGUCCCCUCCCACCCAGUUCUGAAAAAUAUUUAAAUAUCUCCUUGCAUUCAAUGAAUUCAUUGGUAAAAAGCUGAGUGCUUUUCGUCUAUUGACACAUCCCCGUAACAAAUUAUGUCAAGGGAAGAUAAGAGUUUCAGACUUCACUGUGGUGUCCUAACAAAAAUAAUAAGCUACGAAAUGACAAAAAUGACUCCCUAAAGUAUUAUUCACUCACUUUGGGUUGAACUUUUCUUUUACUAUGCUUGCAUUCCUAUGUUGGAAUCUACAGACACUAUUACAUUUCAUAUUUGGCUGUACAGUUAUGUGUACAUAUAUAAUAUCAUCCCAGUUUUAGUAGUAUCCCUCCUGAUCCAGGCUUAUAAUUGCUUACUGCUUUCUACCACAUUGUAUUUGUAUAAACAUAGUAAAAUAUUUUUUUUAA